AUGCAAGAAGGGCGCUUCUGGCAGAGCAGGUCGUUGACAUGCGACGACCAGUACCCAGAAUGCGGCCCUCUGGCUACGGCAGCACAGGAAUACGUAACGGUGAACAUACAAGAGGGUACCUUGAGAGGUGAACUGUCUCAAACAUACACCGGCAACCCCAUAUAUCGGUUUCAGGGGAUCCCGUAUGCGGAGCCUCCUGUUGGCGACCUCAGAUUUCAGCCGCCCGUCACAAAGGCAGCCUGGUCCGGAGAGCGAGACGCCCUGAAGGCGUCUUCGCAGUGCCCGCAGUUCAGAAGCAACGCGUUGUCCGGCAACGAGGACUGCCUCUACCUCAACGUCUACGGUCCAGGGACUCCGGCGCCGACCGACUCGCCGAAAAGCGUUAUUGUUUGGUUCCAUGGCGGAUGUUUCACACGAGGAAUUGGCAGCUCCGUAACACCAGACUAUUUUGUUGACAAUGAUAUCAUAUUCGUCGGCACCAACUACCGGCUGGGAGUGCUAGGUUUCAUAAGCACUGGAGACGAGGUGGUGCCCGGGAACAUGGGCCUCAAGGAUCAAGCGGAGGCCCUGCGCUGGGUCAAGAGGAACAUUGCGGCCUUCGGCGGAGACCCGAACCGGGUCACGCUUCUGGGCCAGAGUGCGGGAAGCGCCUCCGUCCACUACCACGUGCUCUCGCCGAUGAGCGCAGGUCUAUUUAAGAACGCCAUAGGAAUGAGCGGAACCACUUUAAGUCCUUGGGCAUUCUCCAAAAACGCGACGGACAGGACAAUACGGUUUGCCAAAUAUUUGGGAUACACCGGGUCCACUUCAACGGAGCUCCUAGCCUUCAUGAAAACUAUCGACUGGACCAGACUAGUUGUGGACGCCAACAACGCUCUGUCGGAAGAGGACAGCACGAGUCUGUUCACCUGCGUGUGGGUGCCCAGCGCUGAACCGCAGCACGACGGGGCGUUCCUGACGGAGCAGCCUGCUACCCUGGUGGCUGAGGGCCGCUACAACCUGGUACCCUACAUGGCGGGCGUCACAGAUCUCGAGCUGCUAUCACAGACCCAUAGUGGUGGGAUACUUUCUACAGAGGAACAAAUAAAUAACUUGAACCAAAACUUCGACGAAAUUGUCGCUUGUGACAUACGACUUCCAACGAGACAGGAGCAGCUGAAUGGGGCUCAUUCCGUCAAGCAGUUUUACUACAACGGAAGUGACAUUACGGUGCAGGACAGUUACACUACGACACUGAUGACUUCUCACCUGUACUUCACGGAAGGUGUCGACACUGUCAUUAGAAGCAUGUCCCGCUUCUCCUCACAGCCGGUGUUCCAGUACGAGUUUACAUUCGUCGGCCCUCUCAACGCAUAUCCAAGUGGUCCAGGGCAGAGCACAGUCGAGGAUAAGGUGUAUCGCGUGCUGCGAAGGUGCCUAUUAGAGGAGAAAGCAAGCCUGGGAGAGAAAGCGGGGCUCUCAGGAUGUGGGUCAAUUAUCAGCAACUGGCAGAACGGAUGGCUCAACCAACGGCCAUGUGUUCAGAAGGGACAGGGUGUGGUCACUUGUGCCGACAUAGGAUGGAAUGACAUUCUGAGCAGACAGAGAAAGGGUGGCCAGCGGAGGCACAAGAGUGGGUAUGAUGGAGGAAGGUAUGGAGGGGGCUGGUGGUUGGAGGGCCAGUGGUGCUGGAACCUGAAGAAGCGCCAGAGCCAGUGGCGAGGUCUCUGA